AUGCCACGGGAGAUUAUCACGAUCCAGGCUGGACAGUGCGGCAACAGCAUUGGAAGUCAGUUCUGGCAGCAGCUCUGCCAAGAACACGGCAUCAGCCAAGACGGCAACCUCGAGGACUUUGCGACCGAGGGCGGCGACCGCAAGGACGUGUUUUACUACCAGAGCGACGACACGCGAUAUAUCCCGCGCGCGAUCCUGAUUGAUCUAGAACCAAGGGUCAUCAACGGCAUCCAGACGGGCCCUUACAAGAACAUCUACAACCCCGAAAACUUUUACAUUGGCAAGAAUGGCAUGGGCGCGGCCAACAACUGGGGAGACGGCUACCAAAGCGGCGAGGAGGUCUAUGAGGAGAUAGUAGAAAUGAUAGACCGCGAAGCGGACGGCAGCGACUCUCUGGAGGGCUUCAUGAUGCUGCACUCGAUUGCGGGCGGCACGGGCUCCGGCCUCGGCUCGUUUCUGCUCGAGCGGCUCAACGACCAGUUUCCGAAGAAGAUUAUCCAGACGUACUCCGUGUUCCCGGACACGACCAACGCGGGCGACGUGGUAGUGCACCCGUACAACAGCAUCCUGUCCAUGCGCCGCCUGACGCAGAAUGCCGACUCGGUCGUGGUGCUCGACAAUGGUGCGCUGUCGCGCAUCUCGGCCGACCGACUGCACGUCGAGAAGCCGUCUUUCCAACAAACCAACCAGCUUGUAUCAACCGUCAUGUCGGCGAGCACAACCACGCUCCGCUACCCGGGGUACAUGCACAACGACCUCGUCAGCAUCCUCGCAUCGCUCAUCCCGACGCCGCGCUGCCACUUCCUCAUGACGGCGUACACACCAUUCACCGGGGACCAGGUGGAGCAGGCCAAGACGGUGCGCAAGACGACGGUGCUGGACGUGAUGCGCCGGCUGCUGCAGCCCAAGAACCGCAUGGUGUCGACGGUGCCGGCCAAGAAGAGCUGCUACAUUUCCAUCCUGAACGUGAUCCAGGGUGAGGUCGACCCGACCGACGUGCACAAGAGCCUGCUGCGCAUCCGCGAGCGCAAGCUGGCGACGUUCAUCCCGUGGGGUCCCGCGAGCAUCCAGGUGGCGCUGACCAAGAGGAGUCCGUACACGCCCAUGAGCCACCGGGUGAGCGGCCUGAUGCUGGCAAAUCAUACAUCUAUCGCUACCCUCUUCAAACGCAUCGUAAAACAGUACGACGGCAUGCGCAAGCGCAAUGCCUUCAUGGAGGGGUACAAGAAGACGGCGCCGUUUUCCGAGAAUCUAAACGAGUUUGACGAGGCGCGCGAAGUGGUGGGUGACUUGAUUGCCGAGUAUGAAGCGGCGGAGAAUGAAGACUAUUUGAAGGGAGACACGGCAGAGCCGGCGAGUGCGGAUAACGACCGACGAAUGACCUAG